CAUGGAGAAGAUAUGGUCUUCUCUAAUCCGAAGCUAGAGGCUCUCAUACUCACUUCCACUGCAGCAGAAAGAGAUAAGACGAAACAAUGUCUGUGUCAGCGAUCUUUGGCACCGGAAUCGCCACCGUCGCUUCUUCUCCUGCUCUCCGCCAGUUUCAGGUUCCGAAACUGGGAAACGGAGAAGGAGUGGGAGGAGGAUUGGGGAUGGUGAUAGAGUGUUCGUCGAGGCCGCAGAAGAAAUCGACGGCUCAUCACAGGAAGACGAGGCCGAAGAAGACGCAGCCUUGGGACAUUAAGAGGAAGCCCACCGUUUACGCUCCUCUUCCUCCUCUCCCUCCGGAUUGGUCUCCUCUCGCUCUUUCUUCCGACGACGGUGGUGCCACCGCCGCCGUCGCAGGAGAUUUGGUUUCAGGCGGUGCCGCCGCCUAGUUAUGAGUUGUCUACUGUUCGGGUGUUGGAACCUAGUUGAGAAGUCAUGUUGCUAUCUGUUUCUGUUAAUGUGUUUCUUCAGUUUUUCAUUAUGUCUGUUUCUUCUUAUUGACUUGUCUGAACGGUGUAUGAAUGGACCAAACUGCGAAUUUUUAAAGCUUCAAGCUUUUUCCUCUGUUUUUUG